AUGACGCGCGUCGAUGAGGACGCGGGCGCGGACGGCGCGCGGCGCGGACGACGCGCGCGGCGCGGACGCGCGACGGGACGACGCGCGAGCGCGCGCGAGCUCGGCGCGCGAGCGGUGAUCGCCUCGACGCUGUUCGCGAGCGCGGUCGCGAGCGCGAUCGGGAUCGGGAUGAACGCGAGCGCGGAGCUCGGGGAGUUUUUUGGCCACGGCGCUGGGGAUUGGUUGGAGGACGUACCGCCGAGCACGCUCGCGCGGGCGUGGCAGCAUUACGACCACGUCGGCGUUUAUAACGACUGGACCAGGGUGGGGAACGGCGUCGGGCUCGGGAACGUGCCUGGGGAUCAGAUAUCCGCCGUCUGGGUCAAAGAGGGCUAUCGUCUUCGUCUUUGGCAGCAUCCGAAUCGAAACGGGCUCGUCACGACGUUUUACGGAGGAUUCUCAAACUUGGCGUACAACCCGGGAGACUGGAUGAAUGACAGGGCGUCGGACGCGGACGUCGAGCUCGAGGCUCCGUGCACGAUCUUUCAACACGACAGAGGCACAUCCGACCCUGGGAUGUGGUUCGACGCCACGAGCGUCGGCCAUCUGUACACCAACCUCGGAGGAAUGGACAACAAAGCCGACAGCGUGUACGUGGCGCCCGGAUACAAGUGUACGCUGUACAAAGACAUCGGCGAGGGCACAUCGGUGACGUAUUACCCGGGUUGGCACAUGUAUCACGACCUCAAUAACGUAGGCCUGUUGAAUCACGUGAGCUCCAUGCGGGUCGACUACGCGCCGGGAGGGUACAACGAGCUCGCUUCGGACGCGAAGGCGCUCGCGUGGAAAGAUUAUCAAACCGGUACGAUGUCGAAAUGGGAUAACACGGGGAACUCUCUCGACGUCGGCGCCGCCGGAGGAAAUACGAUCUCGAGCGUCUGGGUGAAGAAAGGGUAUCGUCUUCGACUCUGGGAUGGUGCCUCGCGCACCGGCGCGGUGGCAACCUUUUACGAAGGAUACACCAACUUGCACUAUCGCGGCGAGUGGUUGCCCGACAGAGCGAGCGAUGUGGACGUCGAGAGUGUCGCACCGUGUACGGUAUUCGAUGGAGAGGUCGGAUCGGGCGCUUGGUAUGAUCUCUGGGAGCCCGAAAGAAUGUAUUCCUAUGUCGAAAUCAACGCGGCGGGAAUGGACAACAAGGUCAAUUCCCUGUACGUCGCCCCUGGUUACAAGUGUUUGCUGUGGACAAACGACGCCAGCGACGAGCUGAGUGGAAACUUCUUCACGUUUUAUCCCGGGUGGCAUUACCAUCACGACGUUGAUUGGGGUGUAGGGGUGAACGCCGCGAGCUCUUGGCAGGUGCGGAGCCUCACGCAGAGCGCGGAGGAAAAAGGGUGUUAUCCCGCGCAAGUGAACGGCGCCAUGAUCUUCGCGGCGAACUCGCACGAAUACUCGCAUCGCGUAGACGUUGGCGCUGACGGUACGGUCAAGUAUAUCCAAGGAAAUGGACGGCACAAGUGGACGGAGAUCAAUAACAUCGUCUACGCCAUGAAAGGUCGCCAACCACUCGCGUUGGAAUCCCCGUGGGUCAACUAUGGAGGCGGAUACGCGUCGGCUUCGUACUCUUGCUCCGAUGGAAUAGUCUCUCUCGGAGGUUUGAUCAGGGGCGGGGCGGCGCCUUCCCGCAUCGCGAUUCUCCCGAACGGUUGCCGCCCGACGCAGGGCAUUCUCGUUUUCAACGGCGCGACGUCGCCGGACAAAAUCGUGAGGAUAGAGAUUCACACGAAUGGGCACGUUUGGGUGCAGACGACGCCGACGCACUACAUCUCGCUUGAAGGAAUCCAUUUCGCUACGAGCGGUCUGGACGAGAUAGCUUUACACCACAAUUGGAUCAAUUACAACGCCGGCUUCGCACCUGCGCGGAUUUUCUGCGGCUGGCAUUCACGCGGGAUCGUCUUGUUGAGCGGCAUGAUUCGCGGUGGUUCGUGGGGACAAUGUAUGGCGUAUUUACCGAAGCACUGUCGUACCACGGAGUAUUACAGUUGGAGCGUGAAUAAUCACGCAAACCAGGCCCGAGUGCAAAUCCGCCCGAGCGACGGAUGCGUCUACUGGGUCGCCGGCGGACGCGACCACGGCUGGCUCUCUCUAAGCGGCAUCACGUUCGUGACCGGGAGGAAGGAACGUGCUUCAUUGGAUCGUUGGUACAACUAUGACAGUCACCAUGCGCCCGCUAUGUACGCGUGCGCCGAGAUCGGUGGGCUCGCGGUCGUUCAAGGUUUGAUCAGACCUCACGAAUGGGGUGGGAACAUGUUCAAGCUUCCCGCGCCACCGUCUUCGACGUGUCCCAUGAGCUCACCGAAACGGCUCCUUUUCACGGGAAAUCAAGAUGGCAGCACUCAGCGGCUGGACUUUAUAGAAAACAGUGGCGACAUCGCGAUCGCCGGCGGUUUUCGAAAUAACGCGUGGAGCUCCAUCUCGAGCAUAAAGUACGCCAACUCGCAGCGCCACAGUCUGUCUAUGGUUAACGGAUGGUACAACUUGGGUAGUGUGUACGCACCGCUCACAUACACGUGCUCGGGGGGCGUCGUGACCGUGAGUGGCUUGAUAAAAGCAGGAAAAUGGGGACACUGCAUCGCCUAUCUCCCCCCGAACUGUCGGCCGUUCAGAGACCGAGAUCUCACGUUCAGCAUUAAUAAUCACGACAAUCAGGCUCGGGUGACCGUCCGCGGGAGCGACGGGUGCAUUUAUUGGGCCACCGGCGGACAGGCCCACGGUUGGAUCUCGCUCAGUGGAAUCAUCUUUUCCACAACACAAAACAGGGAUUUGCAGUUGGAGAACGGGUGGAAAGUGUACGGGGCUCAUUGGGCGAGGCCGGCGUACUCGUGCGUCGACGGCCUCGUCAUUUUGAGUGGCCUCGCGAAGGACGGGCGUCAAAACCACAUCGCAACGCUUCCUCCCGGUUGCAGACCGAAAGGAGGAGACCUGAUAUUUCAAGUAAACCACCACCAGUACCAGUGGCGCGUGAAUGUUCGCACCAACGGUAAGAUCGACGCGUGGGGACAUCACGCGCACUCAUGGGUUUCGCUCUCCGGCAUCGCGUUUUCCACGAGCGACACGCCUCACACGUUAAAGUUGCGAUCCGACUGGGCGCCGUACGGCCAUGGUUGGGCGCCUCCCACGUUUUCGUGCGAUCGAGGUAUACUGUCAUUGCAAGGUUUGGUGACACCGACGCGCGGUGCGGCGUCUCAAGGAACGAUAGGUCGCGUGGAGUACGCGUCCCCGCCGCCGCCCUCGCCCUCUCCCCCUCCACCGCCGCCGCCGUCUCCACCCCCUCCACCGCCGCCGUCACCGCCUCCACCAGGGGCGAAGACGGGCGUCACGGUAUCGCUCAGGAGCCCCGCGAGACUGGUGUCGACGUUCUCGUACGACUUUGGAGUUCUAGUGACGCACCCUACGUCAUGCAACGGUGACUGCUUUGAGUCUGAAAUUGCCAGGCAAAACGCGCGUGCCGGCGGUCUUCGAUGCGAGGUGCGCGUGCAAAAGGACGGCGUCGAUUGCGAUGGAAAGUGGACGAAUGCGAUGCCGUGCAGAAGUUGGACCGACUUUCAACCGCGGGCUCUCGAGAUGACGGAUAAGAGUGGAAAACUGGUGAGCGGGACAUAUUCGAUCAAAUAUUCCUGUUACUUUGUGUUGAACGACGAUAAAACUCACGUCCAUCCACCGGCAGAAUCGUGGAAGUCCCUGCACACAUUCCAACUUCUCUCGGGCUGCUCAGACAAUAUCCCGGCGGGCAACGCGCAGAAUCCUCUAGAAAAUGUCGCAAGGCACUUACUGCUCACCUCAGACGAGUUCAACGUCGCCGAUUGUCGGGACCAAGUUCAAAUAUACAAGGCAAAAGAAGCCAUCUUUAGAAGAUACGAUAACGAUCCCGAGGAUGGCAAGCUCUCGCGCACCGAAAUCACCGCGGCACUGAAGAUGCAGAGUGCCGACACGCACAUUAUGAGCGCGUGGGACGAAGAGUUGGACGGCGCCUUGGAGCUCAAACCAUCGCAAGUGAUGCGCGCGAAAACGAACGACAUGGAGUGCGGCGAGGGCCUCAUCGUGUUCGAUGGUUCGGUCUAUCCUACCGAUAGCCCUGGUCGCGAGAGUACUGAAGAGCAGUGUCGCCAAAACGCCACGGCGAUGCGUGUAACGUGGCGUUACACAAAGCCAGUCACUCUCGGCGACUACGCGUGCUUGUUUGUUGACGGCAUGAUGUACGACAAGCGUUCCGCCGUGGGAAGCUCUCCGAACAGCAGAGACUACUCGCUCGUGGACGGAGUCUACGUUUCGACGGAGCUCACGGAUAUUCGUCCAGUCUCUGGAAGUUACGAGGACACUCAGGAAUCUCUCAUCGCGAACUUUCUGUUCGAUGACGCGAGUGACGCUCAUCGCAUCGUCUCGGCUUCCACACCGGUGAGCGGCGACAAAAAUCGUGGUGUACCCGAUCUAACACCCGUCGAUCGACCGAGAACAAUCGACCGAUGCGAAGGCGGCGACGGAGCACUCUGUUUAAAGCCCGUUAAGUCGCCCGGUGGCGCGCGAUACAGUUAUCGGUACGGAGACUUUGAUUUCACGGACGACGUCGCCGUCACGAGUUGGGUGUACGGAACGUGCGGCGGCAAUGCCGGAACGGAUACUCAAAAAAUGACCAUAGCGUAUUUCGUAGGCACAAACGGUGGAGUUAAGCACGUGCUACAACUUUACCUCAAGCCUCAAGGCGGGUCAUUGAGUUUAAUCGUGGAGUACGCGCAGAGUAGCAAGAUUGAUCGUCGCUUGGAGAUCUCUGGCAUCUCUUGCCGCUCCUGGUCGUACGUCGGAUUUGCCCUGAACUCAAAGGACGGUUUGGUGUUGUUUGCCAACCCCACUGGCAACGUUGGCACCACUUCCGACUCUGCUUCUUACAAACGAGAUCGCACGAUGCCGCCGAAUCAACCACGAAAGAUCCUCAAAUUGAUGAGCCAGUUUGAGCUCUUUGGCGCUGUUGACGUCGAAUUUGAUGACACCCGAGUCUACACUGGACAAGUGAGCCGAGCGACAUUCAUCGACUCCUACAAUUGUGGGCAUCGUCCGGUGUGCGCGAUAAGAGCGCAUGCGACACCAGCGUCGCGACGUGUCGUGUGUGCGAGCGUUGUUUUGGCUGGACAACCGUUGGAGACGCAUGCUGAAACGUUUUGUACAGCGGCGUUGUAUUACGACGGCUCGGCCAUCGACGUCAUGGCAACGCUCGGUAUGUCAGGCGUCACGUUCACCUAUCGAGACACAAGUUGGCAAGAAGUUUCUUUCGAAAUGCUUCGUAAAUCGGCCGCUGACGUGGCGUCGAGCUACGAGACAGUUAUUCAAAUGGACGGCGAUUUACUCGGCUGUGUGAACAAAUUCAGCUCGAUCACAUACAUGGAUCGCGACGCCGGGACAAAACCAAAUCUGCUUUGGUACUACAAAGUCCGUACGAAAACGUCCGCAGACGUUCAAGACUUUGUUUCCACCACUCACUUUUUCAAGGUGCCAUGGAUUGGAGAGCUUGAGGGUAAAGUGACGGCGGGCUCAUCAACGUCUCCAGUACCUUACGUGCGCAUCUGCGCUGAUUUCUCGUUUUCAAAUGGCACCUUGGUCACUCCGAAAAGUGACACCGUCACGCGCAACCUCGCGCUGUACAUGCGUGCAGAGCACACAAACGCAAUUCAUGCAACAGCGAGAGAAGACACGUUCGUCGUUACCGACGGUGACCCUUCGCCAGAAUCAGGUUCGUCCUUGAUAUCACAGGGCGAGUACCUUCGCGUCCAGCUCGCGCGGUGGAGCUCGAUUCACAAAGUGCAGGUUUGCGUGACAAAAUCUUCCGUCGUGCCAGAGGCGCACGUGCAAGAUUACGACUCAGGAAAUGAUGGAAACCAUGGCCAUGCCUGCGCCUUCGACGAAUCGUCGACAACUUUGGACGCUACGUACGCGUGCUAUAGUUACAAGUGUGAAGGCUCUCGCUUGAAAUCGUUUCAUGGUAAAUUCAUCACGGUGAGUGUACCGUGGAGCAAUGGCGUCGACGGGUCAUUGCCUAUGGAAGGAAUGUAUGCAUGGUUCGAGAGUCAAAAUGCCAGUGCAGUUUGGCACAGCUCUGUUGGAGCGCUGAAGGGCGAAGUCGUGGGCGGAGAAGUAACCGUAAAGACGGAGGCGGGCCACGGCGCGACGCACCCAGUGCGCGCGCUACACGGAGACUCUAAAUCCAAGUAUGAUUUUGGACGCGCCAUACCGGCUGGGAAGUGGACGUUGUGCACGCUGUCGCGGUACACGGGGGCUAAUAAGCAGCGGAUAUUUGAAGGCACCGGCAACUUCGCGCACGGGCACUGGAAUGGAUUGCGAGGCGUUGCCUACUACGAUGCUUGGGUGACGAGUUACCAAGUUGGUCAUGGUGUGGUCGACGACUGGCUUGUCAUGUGCGGUACGAACGAUGGUAAACGUGCGUACGUUGACGGUACGAACGUUGCGUUGAGUGAUAGAAGCGGUGCCUCCAGCGACAAGUAUCUGGGCAUCAACUACGCGAAAGACUGUGAACAUUGCGCCAGUGAGCGGGCCACUUCCGACUGGGCAGUCGCAGAGGUGAUGAUUUGGUCACGCGCGCUCUCAGAUGCCGAGAUGAUCCAAGUGACGAAUUACCUUCAACGCGUGAAGCUCGGUCCGAAGGCGCAGAUCACGGAAAUAUCCACAUCUGCGGUGCAAACGAACUGUAGGUUCUCCUCCGUCACAGAUGCAAAUGGGCAGUAUGAGUUCAUUAUGAAGGAUACAUCAGAGACGAUUCCUGCAAAAACAACGGUGCUCGUUGGCGCGUACAAGGAAGAGACGUUUCCUCUCGAGGCGUUGCGAGUUGUUGAAUCUUCUAGUCGCGCAGAGGCGCCGAAGCCGUCGCAGGUAUUGCUCGUACUCAUCAAGCAAACGGGCUCAACGGGCCCUUCAGCCACGCCUCGGCAGAUCGCCACAGUUGACACGGACAAAUCGACGAGUGUAUCGCGAAGCGAACUUCAGGCGCACAUCGAAGCCAUCACGGGUUUCCCGACGACGGGGCGCGCGAUCAUCGUCGACUCUCUCUGGAACGAGUUCGAUUCUGAUGGUGACGGCUUUCUGAGUGUAGCGGAAUUCAACGCGGUUUCCGUGAAAAUGCGCACGGGUGAGCUCAAGGUCGAUCCCCUCCUUGUCUAUCCCGUCCUCGACGCCAAAUACCUAUCAGAUUUCGUCGAGGAAUCCACGAAAUGCGCCAAGUUUGCACUCAUCCGCGAAGGUUCUGCGGCGCUGCCUCGAAACUCUACGGAUUGGAACACCGUCUAUCAGAAACUCGUCUCGUCGCAAGCGGACCCACUCGCGGCGACGCACCGUUCAUGCGACAAAAAAACGACGGCUAUCUCGCCGAUCGGGGAUGCUAGGUUGACCCAUAUUGUUCCACUUCUUGGAUCAGGUCCGAGUGGGAACCUGAUUUCGCUCGCAGCCGAUGCGGCAAGUCCAUCCGAGGCAGAUAUCUACGCGCGCGUGAUCAAAGAUACUAGUUCAUCGACAGUGCUGCGUGCCACGCAGCGCUACGACGACAUCACGCAUAUAUUCAGCACAGGACUUGAUUCAGACACGAAGCACUUUGACGUGAAUAUGUUUUCUAGCGAGGCAAAAAUGAACGCCAGCGAGGUUCAAUUCAGGCAUCGCUCCACCACUGAAAUGCAGUUUCAGGAUCAAACCACGGUGAUCGUCCGCGGAGCAGUGAUAUUUCCAAAAUCGCGAACAGCUGGUUCCACAAGAUGCGGCCUGUACGAGGCAAGUAUCAAGGUGAACGAAGUCGACGGUGAGGGUGAGCCGGAAGAAUACAAGACAGACGAGUCUGGUUGGUUUGAGAUCGCGGUAACGCGCGGUAAGUCGUUCACAUUUUCCGCAUCAUUCCCCAAUCACACGCUGUGUUACACGGGACGAACCGUUGCGGACGCUGCGAUGGAGGUUGACUGCUCAACGCACCCUAUGGAAUUUACGUUUGUACGCAUCAUCGAUAACGCGUACAUCUUCUUCACGGAUGUCACCAAGGGUAACAUUGAUUUGGGACUGUAUCAAGGUCAGUGCGAGACGCUGUACAAAGGGGCGAGGUUCAAAAUCACGCCCGUCAACGGCUGUCAUCCAUCCCAGUAUGUCACGUCGGAUCAAAUCGGUGGUUGGAUGGCGAACACUCAGGGAUUACCCGAAGGUAAGUUUACCACCGAGGAGCCACUUCCGACGAACGCCAGGGUGUGGCCUUUUGCACCGAUGGAUUACUCCAUCAUUCUCGACUCGGGACCGGACCUCGGACCACUGGGCGAGAAGAUAAAAAAUGAACCUUGGUUCAAAGGAUGCCAAACGGAAGAUGGAAGCGUCGUCGACUUUUUCAGGCGACGGAACGCAUUGGAGAGACUCGCGUUAUUGCGCAAUGAAAACGCUUGGCAGCAGAUUCGUUACAAGUAUCACGGGUGGAUUUGCGUUGACAUUCCGGAGGCGUACGUUCCCGUCAUCGGCGAGGCAUACAAAGACACGACGUGUUAUGAUCCUUCGCAACCUAGCGGCUCCCUCACGCCUAAGCACUUUGUCGGGGCGUCUCACGCCACAGACCUACCAUUUGCGGUGGAGUCUAGCAGAGAGAUUCACGUCAAAGUUUUUGAAGUUCACUCAAAUCCAAGCAAAGAGACGGGAUACGACACAUGUUUCGCCGCGCUCCCAAACAAGGCGAAGGGUACUGGGAGCACAGUCGUAAAAAUUCGUCAGGACGUAACCAAUCCAGACGAUUCAGAGUGUCACUCUGAACGCGGCGGUGGGGUAUCGUGUGAUUUCGAUGUGGAGCUCACGAAAGACUCAGGGGAAUUAAUUUUUCCUCAGGCAAACGCUACGGGCGCGCCCGUCACGGCGAUGAUGAUCGAAGCCGGCGCACCGAAUCUCGCUGGUACGCACAGACGCACUGUGAGCGUGGAAGUGACCAGAAACGACCUGUUCGUCUCCGUCGCGACGAAAGCCAUCCGAGAACUCAUCGCUCUCGGGUCCAGACCGCGAGUCGGCGAUGGUCUGAGCAACUCCGUGAACUGGGCGACAGUACCGCUGGAAGGUUUGGUUUACUGCGUCGUGCACGAUCCACCUGGAGGCGAUUCUUACGCCGAGCUAUCAUCUGGAACACAAACGACGAUUGAGUACUCGCUCGCGAGCAGUCGAGCCGCGAAGGUUGGAGGCAAGUUUGAAUCUGAGAGUAAGAAGGGAGGCAAGGGUAAAUUCAAGCUUGGAUUGAACUUGGGUUAUACGGCGGAAGCGAGCACCGAAAUCCUUAACGGAGAAUUCGAAGGAGGCGUCGCUGGCAAGGCCAACUUCAAAGCGCCGGAAUUUUCGGUGAGCUCGAGCACGGAUGAAGGCUGGGACAUUGUGCUCACGACGCAGCGCGCGCUGCGCAGUAGCCAGGAUCCCGAACUUCCAGGGCGAGCAGGUGAUGUGAUUCUUGGUGCUGGUGUCGAGUUGGUGUACACAACAUCGGACGUUCUCGACUUUUCCCCGAAGAGAGACGGCAAACACUGCCUCGUGAGCGCGCCUCACAUCACUUGGAUGCCGCGCAAGCCGACAUCGUACGUCGUCAACGUGCACGAGAUUGAAGCCAAGAUAAUCCCCAAUCUCAAGUUUUUGCAAUCCGCGGCUCUGAAGGGUAAUAUAGCGGUGGAUAACUCCCUUCGUCCCCUCGAUGUAAAUGUGAAUAGCGUACGUGCGGUGAAUGACGAUUGGGCAGCGUACAUCGCAAGAAAAAUUGACGCGUGGAAUCGUACACUGAGCUGGUCGUCGCCGGUAGAUGACGCGGCUCUGAACUCGAUACUUGGUUCAUACACAGGGCCAGAGUCUAUGAUUGGAUCACUUCUCGGAGAGAAAAUCGAAGAGUACACGGAACAUUUUGAGGAAACGGAAGUGUGGAGUUUAAAGGACGGCCCGAUGUUUGACUUGGCGAAAGAGUGGAUGGAGUACGCGUCACUGGAAGCCGCCCAAGUUGCUCCCGCGUUAGCAGGCUCGGCUCUCAUAUCGCCGAGUACUGCGGGCAUGUUGACGUUGUACACAGCAAUAAGUGGCCCUCUUGUUUUCGCUUCUGAGGCUCGUUUGCUACCGUUUAUGGAGUACGACGGCCCGGCGUCAAUAAUCAAAGGCAGCAGAAAAGAAGUCAUUCCAGAUUACGAUGAGCAACUUAGGCAUGACAGCGAGGAGGGAUCAUAUUCAUUCGCGAUGCAAGAAGCAGCCAAGGACGCGCGGUGGACUCCUAUCGAUUCGGAGGGGUCUUCGUUAGACGCGGGAAGUGCUGAGAGAAUCGUUGCCUCCCUCACGGGAGGGACAGCAUCCACAGGCGUGCAGAAUGUCGGUCAAGCCGAAGGCGAGAAGGGCGACAUCUUCCUCACCUUCAGUGGCGGCGGACAUUCGAUGGACUUUUCCUUCUACUCGGAUGAAAUUCUUUCGGACAGCUCAUACGCGGUUUCUCUGGAGGUGAGUGGUGGCUUCGACGUAGGAGGCGAGUUUGAGAUCAAGUCGGAAGUUAGCCCUGGGUUUGAAGUUGAAUUCAAGACGGGCGCCGAGGCUUCGUUUGAGCGUUCCAUCGGCAGAGAGCGCGCGUUUGCGUGGAAUAAACGCGGUCUCAUGACUACGACCUACACCCUCGGGGACCCAGAUCUCGGUGACAAAUUUGUCGUGCACGUUGGCGCCGACAAGAGGUUUGGGACUCCGCUGUUCAAGACGAUGGGUGGUCGUAGUAAAUGUCCAGGAGAACUCGGCACCGUUUUCAGAGAGUCAAGCGUCAAGCUGAUGGUGCCCUUGAGCACGGGCGUGCCGACCGAAGGGCUUAAUCCGAGUCAACGCGCCAUUUAUGAGAUCGUCGUGGAAAACUAUUCGCCGUACAGGGAGUCGUCCAAGUUUGCUCUGCGCGUCGUGGACGGUCUCAGAUCGUCGAUCGACGAGGUGAUCACCGCCGCGUACGACGCAUCCGACGCCGAUAAGUCUUCGAGCGAAGUUGCGGAGAGCGUGAAAACCGUGGCGGCGCUCACUAUCGCGAAGAGCUCGGAAAUGAUAUCGUCCAUGGUGUCGGCGGCGGAGCAAGCCGCCGCGAACAAGACACCUCGAGAAGUAGCGGACGCCGUGUACAACGCCGCGAAAAGCGCACCAUAUCAAGGCAGCGAGCUGGCAGACUCGAUAUUCUCAAUCAACGGCAAAGUUUUAUCCAUCGGCGACUCAUUGCCUUUGAAAUUCGUCGAAGGAGACAGCCUCACGAGACAGACGCACAUUUCUCAGCUUUUCAUGAACCUCGCGGUCGAACCUGGUUACUCGACGAGAAACAUCAAGUACUUGCAACUCAGUUUGGUUAGUCUUUGCGAGUCGGAGAUGAUCAAUCUUUAUAGAGACGCCAUCUCGUUCACACGAAAUCUCAACCCGAUGAGUUGGGAGCAGUCGUGUCCAAAGGUGCAGUUCGAUCAGUCGACAGUGUCCAAGUAUCUCACGUCGAGCGUCUCUCCUGAAACUUCGAGCGUGUUGAGUUUGGUCGUCAAUAAUCCCGAUCGGUACGUUUUGUGGCCAGAUAGUCCAACAACGCCGAGUGAUCCUUUGAUGAACACGCGCCUAAAGUUUGUUCGAUUGCAGUACCGCCCGGUGAAGGGUGGCGAGUGGAUCACAGCGAAGGACGAGGGCGCGCCGGCGCACGAUAGCAAGAAGUUCAACUUUGUGUGCGCGUUAUCUCGUUCGGAUGGAUGCAGGUUCGAUUGGGACACGAACGGUCAGUAUGAAAAGCUUUUAAGCGGCUUCAAAGAUGGCGUGUACGAGCUGCGUGUUAAGAGCUUCUGCGGCGGCGCUUCGUCUCUCGCGGAUGCUUCGGUGCACGAGUACGUUUCCGAUCAAAGAUUACUUCUUACCGUCGACACCGUAGCGCCGGUUCGCUUGAGAACAUUCAGUGAGGCGCAAUAUUUUGGUGCAGAGUUUGCGGAAGAAAUCGACUGCUCAGGCGUGAACGUGUACGUAACGAAGAAGCGUUCCGAUUGUUCGGAUUCCGCCGCGACGAUGUCCCAAACGGUGGAUGUGACGACCCCGCCGUAUCAAAUCAGAUGUUUCAAUUCGACGGGUCGAGGCGUCUUCUCUGUGAAGUUCGCCGACGAUGAUGUUGGUCAGUAUCAGAUUUCAGUCAUCGGCAUCAAGGAUGGCGCCGGGAUCACCGCUCUUCGCGUCGACAAUUGGUUCAAAAAGUGCGAAAAGAACAGCAACUUGUCCAAUGCCCCGAGCGCGUCUUCGCGUCUCGGCGUCGCCCCAGAGCGACGUCACCGCGGUGCAUCCCCCACCUUGCCGUCAACGCACGAAAUCGGCGUGCCAGUCACGAUUUUCAUCGCCUUGGCGAUCGCCUCGGCCUUCGCCGCCGCGAUUGCGUCUCGGCGGGUCCGCCUUGGCGCGCCGACGAGCGAUUCCGCCGAGCGCGCGCCGCUCGCCUUCGCCCCCCCCGGCGCCAAGAGCGGACCGGAUUACGGUUCCGUCAUCUAA